AGGCAGUUGUCGUUUUUUAAGGGUUAUCUAAGGAAAUUACAUUGACUGCGGCCCCGAUAUCAUCUAAUUUCCAUAGGAAAACAGAUUACCGGCGAAUCGUAAGCCGUUGGCAGUUCUUUUAAAAUAGAAUUGCUGCUAAGAACUAAAUUAACUUUAAACAAAAUAAACGAAAAUAUAAAUAAAUAAAAAAAAACAACGUUCGAAAAAAGAACAUUUUCCAGACAACAAUGAACUCAUGACAGCUCACCGCUAUUCGUCGAAAUAGGAACAUGCGUUCCGAAACAGACAUUUCAACAUCUCAUUUUAAAAUUAAAUGUGGACUUAAAAAAAUGGCGAGAGGAUAAAUAGGAAAUAGUGAGACUAUUAUAAAGAACGUGAUUAUUUAUUUAGCUAAGUUAAGUAUUUAUGUAAUGUUUUAGCCUUUUAUUAUGCUUAAUUUGUGUUUCAAAAGCUCUUUUUAAAAAAUUUCAUGUUUAUGUUUCCGAACGUAUCGUACCACUCCUUGUGGAUUAUUUUGGUCAGUCUGCGAAACUGCUUGGUCUUAUUAGAAAAUUAAAUGGGGAGAAAAGCUGGAGGAUAAAUCCGAGAAAUGAUGUGUUUUAUUUGUGAAAGAACUUUAAUAUGACGGAAGGAAAAUAGCAGAUAAAUUGUUCUACAUCAUUGGGAUAAAAUGACAUAAACAAUGUCAGGGGGUAAUUCGAAGAACAAGGCACGCUCGAAGCGGCAGGAGGGCUGGGAGGAGGCCGGGGGGGAGUUCUACCAGGAGCUGUACCCUGGCGGAGAGCAGGAGCUGUUCGACAACCUGCAGAGAGCUGACGCUGCCAAGCUGGCCACUUUGCUGCCAUCCAAGCAGGCUAGGAACACGACGACGGUGAAGCGAGCCCGCUCCCAGAAUGAACGAAGGCAGUCGACGUACGCGCGGACCACGCAAAGCAGGGACAUACACCUCUCCAUGUUACCAGAUCUUUCAGAGAAUCUGUCAAAUGAAGAGAGGACAUGGGAAGAGAUUAUGCAGAUCAAAGCGAUGCCGGUGCCUAUGAACCAGAAGCGAGAUAUCAAAGCCAGAUUGCAGAACGCAACAAAACUCCGCCUACAAGGUUUAGAACAGCUACAAUGGCGACAACGCAAAGUAUGGCAUCGGUUCAGCAUACGAUUCACAGAAAUCGUCGGCAAAUUGGAACUAUGGCAAUCAUCUUUAAGGGAAAUCGAGGGAAAAUUUGGUACAGGCGUGGUCGCAUACUUCCUAUUCCUAAGAUGGCUGCUUUUCCUAAACUUUGGCAUAUCCAUUUUCGUGAUAGUUUUUUUGAUUGUACCCACAGUUUUACUUGUCGAAGUUGAUUACGAAUGUGACGAUUUCGCCGAGAAUUCCACAAUAUGUUGUUCCCAAGCGUAUUUAAGGCGGAAUUUGACGGAAUUUAAUGUAGUUCUAUCCUUCAUUCAAGGUACAGGUUGGUUGGAAAGAACUAUUCUAUUCUAUGGCGUUUAUACUGAUCAAUUGUAUACGUAUUUUAUUAAAACAUUCUGGCAAACUGAGUUCUUUUACAACAUGCCGUUAGCUUAUAUACUGGUUCCGAUUUCUUGGGCAUUAUUUUCUUUAAUAGCUAUAGUUAAAACAGCUGCUAAAGGUUUCAAAGAAAGGUUGGUCGAGAGUGAAGGGCAAUUUUAUAUGUAUUGUAACCUUGUUUUUGGGGGGUGGGAUUUUUGCAUCCAGAAUGACAAAUCCGCGAAAAUUAAACACAAGGCGUUGUACAACGAAAUUAAGGGUUGUUUAGAAGAGGAACGGUUUAAAGAAGAAAAGCAAUUGAGGACCAGAGAAAGCCAGAUUUUGAUGCAUCUCAAACGACUAUUAAUACACUUAGUGGUAUUCAUUAUUCUCAUAGCGUCGGGGAUACUAAUUUACGUGAUUUUCAACUAUUCCAUGGAUAAACUGAACGAAGAACAGAAUUCUCAUAAUGUUGUCAGUGAAUUUAUUAAUGAAACAGAACAGUCAGCUCUAAGACAGUAUAAUGUAAGCGAAUAUUCGUUUGGACAAUUGCAAAGCACUUUGCUUGAAUUCCUACCAUUUAUAACCAUAGUUGUAUUGAAUAUAAUCGUCCCAGAAGUUUUCAGUUAUCUAAUAAAAUUUGAAAGCUACAUGCCAGCUAAUACAAUUAUAAUAACAUUGCUACGAACAGUUUUGUUAAGACUUUCAUCGUUAGCAGUUCUGUUAAGUCAAAUUUACAUACAGAUAACGGAUCCAGAGAGAAUUAAAUGCGCUAGUUUUUACGAAGAAUUUCGAUUGGAAUGCUGGGAGACGUAUGUUGGCCAACAGUUAUAUAAGUUGAUUUUGACUGAUUUUGCAUUGCAAAUAGUCAUGACAUUCAUAAUAAAUUUGCCACGAGCGUUUAUAGCUAGACACAGCAACAGUAGGUGUCUUAAAAUCAUCGGCACACAAGACUUUUACCUUCCCAAACAUGUUUUGGACAUAGUUUACAUACAAACCAUAAUAUGGAUGGGUUCGUUUUUCUGUCCGUUCCUACCGAUAAUUGGGACGAUUUUCUGUUUUUUGAUAUUCUAUAUCAAAAAGUUUGCCUGUCUAACCAAUUGCACGCCUUCUCCUAUAGUUUACAAAGCUUCUAAAUCCAAAUCGUUGUUUAUGUCUGUGUUGCUGCUUGGGUUUGUGAUAUCAAUAAUUCCUGUGGCUUAUUCAGUGGCGGAGAUCACGCCGUCUUGGAAUUGUGGGCCGUUCAGAGGUUUUGAUACGGUUUGGGAGUUUGUGGUUGAAACUUUCGAUGGAUUCCCGUACUUUAUUCGCGAAAUCGUAUUUUUAUUUGGGACCUCUACAUUUGCUGUCCCUGCGUUUGCAUUUUUACUAUUCUUUUUGUAUUAUUAUUGGGCCGUGGCUGCCGCAAACCGACAUAUGGUUGAAGUUUUGAAGAAUCAACUAGUUUUGGAAGGGCACGACAAACAGUUUCUGUUGAACAGACUAAGUGCGUUUAUUCGGCAGCAUCAGAAGCGCUGUGAGAGAAGAAACAGGGCUAGCUUUGCUGAUGAUGACUCUUCUAUACAGCAUAGUUCUAGAUAAAAUAGAUAGUAAAACCUAGACUAGCCUGUUUAAUCAAGGUUUAGACUAAUAACCAGCCCUUAAAUUAAAAUUUGAAAUAUACUGGUGGUAAAUCAUCAAACAGUGUGGUAUAAGUGACUGAUAAAAAUUAUUUCUAUUAUAUUCGCAAAGUUUUUUAGGGUUCCGUACCUCAAAAAGAAAAACGGAACCCUUAUAGGAUCACUUUGUUGUCUGUCUGUCUGUCCGUCCAUCCG